AGUCAGUCGCGGCUUAGCUCUGUCCGGAGAAGGAGGACUGUGUCUCUUGCGUGCUUGGUGCGGCUAAGUUGGGGAGCGAGAACCGGAAGUGGUGGCCACUCCCAACCCACGUCCUCAUCUGCCUGGGGCCAAAUCUGGAGCGGGCACUCCGCCGUGCCACAUUCCAUAGAACUGAAUGAUAUCAUGUGAACAAAGCAAAUACUACCCAAGGAACACAAGAGACUGCAAAGAUGUCUACAAAAGCUCCCAUCUACCUGAAAAGAGGAAGCCGUAAAGGAAAACUCAGAGAUGUGCUUUCUCCAGACAUGAUCAGUCCCCCUCUUGGAGACUUCAGACACACUAUUCAUAUUGGCAGUGGGGAAGGAGAUGUUUUUGGGGAUGUUUCCUUCCUGCAAGGUAAAUUCCAUCUCCUUCCUCAAUCUCAUCCAGGAUCCUCCACCUCUUCUUCACCCGAUGCAACUCCUCCUCUCUCCCAUUCAGAGGUGCCAUCACCUAUCCUGAAGAACGCCAUCUCACUCCCUGCUAUCGGUGAGCCACAAGCACUUUCCCUUCUGCAGGCUCCCCCACCGAAGCCACCACGCCUUCAUCUUGAAGAGAAGAGUAGGAGCCCAGUUACAGAAAUGGCUCCAUGUGGAGGAUUUACAGCAGAGGAAAUGGAAGAAAGGUUUCUUGUUCAUGCUGGCUCUCUUCUUUCCCUACACGUGGAUUUGGGGCCUUCCAUCAUGGAUGAUGUGCUGCAAAUAAUGAACAAAGAGUAAACACUGACGGCCACCUUGGGCUCCAACUAAAAUUCUAAAACUAUUUUUUUAUAAGUAUUUUAGUUUACACACUACAGAAUGUCUUAGUUUUCUAAGUGGACACAAACAAGCCCAUGCUGCAUAAUAAGUAUUUAUACAGCGUUUUGAAUUUAUACUGUAUAUACUGAUGCUGAGCAUCUACAUGCUGUAUAGUUUUGGGACCUUUACUGGAAGUAAACAGCAUUUCAUAAUGAAUAUUUACGUUAUACCUAUAGAAUGGUACACCCUAUUCUGAGCUAGCCAAAGCAUCUCCAGAUCUUUUGUAAUAAGCAGGGUCAUUCUUUAGUGCCUUCUUGCCAGGAAAUGUCACUUUAUUUUUAGGUUUGUUUUUUUUAUUUUCUUGUAUUCUUUUUAUGAUCAAAAGCUGUAAAUUGUUUAUUGGACCAAAUACAGAACA